AUGUCACAUCAAAGUAUCGCCACCUUUCUUACAUUACCGGUAGAACUUGUCUACCGAAUUCUGGAUCAGCAAUCGGACUACACAAUUAUAUGUUCAAUGCGAAACACAUUCACCACACUAAAUCUUACACGUAAUAAGAUCGGACAUGUCGGAGCACAACAACUAGCUGCUGGACUACAACAAACAACAACACUCACCACACUUCAUCUCGAAGAUAAUAAUAUUGGAGAUGUUGGAGCACAACAUUUAGGUGAUGGAUUACGACGCAACAGAACACUCACCACACUAAAUCUUCAAGAUAAUAAUAUUGGAGAUGUUGGAGCACAACAUCUAAGUGAUGCAUUACAACAAAACACAGUACUCAGCACACUAGAACUCGGGUCUAAUAAUAUUGGAGAUAUUGGAGCACAACAUCUAGGUGAUGGACUACGACACAACACGACACUCACCACACUAGGCCUCGAAUCUAAUAAAAUUGGAGUUGUUGGGGCACAACAUUUAGGUGAUGAAUUACGAUACAACACAGCACUCCUCGAACUAUAUCUCGGAGAUAAUAAAAUCGGUGAUAGUGGAGCACAACAUCUAGCUGGUGGAUUACGAUACAAUACAGUAACUGUGAUUCUCUCUUUAUGA